AUGAAGCCUCCAAUCAGCAAGCUUCUUCUUCUUGCUGAGUGGCAAUUGAUCCGCGAGUGUGUUUGGAAAAGGAUAUGGGCAUGUAAAACUUUGCCAAAAAUUAAAUCAUUUAUUUGGAGGUCUUGUGUUGAGGGUCUUGCAUCUGACGUUGGUCUCUGCUCUUGUCGCAUCCCAAUCAACCCAUCUUGCCAGCGGUGUGGCUGUACAAUUGAAACUAACGAUCACAUUUUGCUCGAUUGUUCUUUCGCAAGGGCUGUUUGGUUCGGGAGCACUCUUUCCUUCGUUGUUUCAACUUCAAGAAUUCCUAAAUUACAUGAGUUGUUGGCCAAUUGGGAUGACUUUUUAAAGCUAGAUAAGAAUAGAGCGGAUGAAUCUCUUGGUUUAUGUUCCUUUAUUUACUGGAAGCUUUGGAUUGCUAGGAAUGAUCUAAUUUUUGGUAGAAGGACUUGGUCCCCCGAGGAGGUUAUCCAAGCUGCUCAAAUGGCAUUCUCUGAGUUUUGGACAGCAACCAAUACUCAUCUAAAGCAACAUUCUAAUCCUUUUAUGCAAUCUCAGGUUCGUUGGCUAGCUCCUCCCUUGGAUAUGUUUAAGCUGAACUGCGAUGCAGCUCUUCCCUUCGAAGCUCAGAAAGGGGGUGUUGGUUAUGUUUGUGACCACACCGGCACUCUCAUCUUUGCAGUUUCAGAGGCAGCAAUUUUCAGCAAUAGUUCUAUAGGGGAAGCUAUGGCAAUCAGAGCAGGGUUGAAUUAUGCUGUUUCUGCUGGUCUCUAUCGAAUACAAGUUGAAUCUGAUUGUCAAGAGGUCUCGACAGAGAACAAAACCAGCGAUAACCCAAACUUGUUGGUUAUCGAUUCUCAGCCACAAGCUCCAACUGAAAUCUUCACAAGAAAUCGUAGCAGCAAAUCUGCUUCCACUCUAGCACCAGCAAACCUCGAGGAACAACUGUACCUGCAACUCAGUCCAGCAGAAGGCGCAGAACCAGAUCUGAACCAGGUUCGAAUCUCUUGA